CUCGAUAACAUGAGCGGACGCGGCAAAGGAGGCAAGGGACUCGGGAAAGGAGGCGCCAAGCGGCACCGGAAAGUUCUCCGUGAUAACAUCCAGGGAAUCACCAAACCCGCCAUCCGCCGUCUGGCUCGCCGCGGCGGAGUCAAGCGUAUCUCCGGCCUCAUCUACGAGGAGACCCGCGGUGUGCUCAAGGUCUUCCUGGAGAACGUCAUCCGUGACGCCGUCACCUACACCGAGCACGCCAAGAGGAAGACGGUCACCGCCAUGGACGUGGUCUACGCCCUCAAGAGGCAGGGCCGCACCCUGUACGGCUUCGGAGAUGGCUCCCUACACGGCGUGUUUGGCCAGCUCCCCGGGGAGCAGCAGGCGGACGGCGGUCUGGAUCUCCCUGGAGGUGAUGGUGGAGCGCUUGUUGUAGUGAGCCAGGCGGGAGGCCUCACCGGCGAUACGCUCGAAGAUGUCGCUGACGAAGGAGUUCAUGAUGCUCAUGGCCUUGGAGGAGAUUCCGGUGUCGGGGUGGACCUGCUUCAGCACCUUCACGUUCAUUUUCGAAGAAACGAACAACGUUUUAAAAUGGCAAGAACCAAGCAGACCGCCCGUAAAUCCACCGGAGGCAAAGCCCCCAGGAAGCAGCUGGCCACCAAGGCUGCCCGUAAGAGCGCCCCGGCCACCGGCGGCGUCAAGAAGCCUCACCGUUACAGGCCCGGUACCGUGGCUCUCAGAGAGAUCCGCCGCUACCAGAAGUCCACCGAGCUGCUCAUCCGCAAGCUGCCCUUCCAGCGCCUGGUCAGGGAGAUCGCUCAGGACUUCAAGACCGACCUGCGCUUCCAGAGCUCCGCCGUCAUGGCUCUGCAGGAGGCCAGCGAGGCUUACCUGGUCGGCCUCUUCGAGGACACCAACCUGUGCGCCAUCCACGCCAAGAGGGUCACCAUCAUGCCCAAAGACAUCCAGCUGGCCCGCCGCAUCCGCGGGGAGAGGGCUUAAACCCGCCUGACUACACUCCAAACACAACGGCUCUUUUAAGAGCCACACACCUGUUUCAUAAGAGCUCUGUCCUUUCAACAAUAUACAUAAUAUUCAAAAUUUAUAUAAUGAUUUAAAGUCCUAGUAAAACAUAACUGGUCACUAAAACCAACUAGUUUUACACAUUACUUUGACUAAGUUAUGAGUGAUAACACACCAAUACAUUUACAUAACAAACUGGAGUCCUGGGGGUUUUCAAGCCAGUUGUAGAGAGUGACCUGUCAGGUCAUUCAUGUCUUCUGUUGUAGAUUAAAGGACCAGGCAAUCAAACAAGACUAAACUGAGAUUAACUAAAAACCAUUAUGCAAUUAAAACAAGUGACUGAGCAGCAGAGAUACUCUUCAGAUAUCUGGGUCAAGCUCUCCAAUGUGGCUUGAAUGUAAUUUUGUAUGAUGCAAAAGUGGCUAAAACUGU